AUGGCCUUCCAACAAUCCGCCGCACCGCGGCCAAUUCUCAUUAAUGCGAAUCAGUCUCAGGAUUCAUCCUCUCAGACCCAAUUACGACGCUCGACAGUAGAAGAUUCCCAAGAAUGGGUCCUGUUCUCUCCGAGCACUGCAGAAUCAACCAUCACCCGCACUCAUACCAGUCAGACUGCGGGGGUAUCAAGAGUAAGCGAUAUAUCACUCAACACUGCUGGACGGUCUGGUAGGCUUGAGUCUUCCGUCUUUGAUGAAGAAGUCACGGAAGAUGGUGAACUCGACAGCCUAGACGAUGGAUUACAUGCUUUCAGAGAACCCCCUUUGUACCCAACCAUCUCCAACCAGACCCAGGGCGCAGUCUUGCCAACUCAUGAUGGUCUGGGCACCUUCCCUGCCUCCAGUCCUCCAGUCCUUGAACAAUUAUGGCAGCAUGAGGCAUACAACCCAAAACGAAAAUACGACGGACAUCACCGGCGGCCUUCUAGCGUGCAGAGGAGGCUUGAUACAAUCGAUGAGAUCGAAGCGCAGGCGAGCGAGGAGAAGCGCAUGCGGAUAGAGAAGUGGCGCAUGGAACAAAGUCAAGCAUUGAUGGACGAGGUGGAGCGGGAAACUAGACGACGACUGAGGAGGGGAUCUCGGCAGUCCAGUUACCAAGAGACACUGGCGUCCAUCAAUGAGGAUCUGCUCGGAACAACACCGAAGCAGAGCGACUAUCUAUCCAGACCUGCCGCAGAGCCCGAGGCCUCAGAGCCUUUCUGGCGCCGCAUCACGAAAAAGUUUAUCCGAGAUGUUAUCGGCAUUGAUGAACCGCUUCUGUCGGUAAUAUUUGGGGAGAGCCUUCCCGACGAGGCUUACGAGAGCCGGCCAUCCUCCAGCCAUGCUCUACCUCCUAUACCUGAACUACCGUCGGAAGGGCAGUCUGUGGAGGACUCAACGUGGAGGGACAAGCUCCUUCAACGCAUCGCCCGCGAAUUGGGCGUAUUUGUACAUCAACUGUCACCACAUCCAGGAGCCUUCACCACUUACUCCCAUAGCCCUGAUUAUGCCGGCAUGCCAGUCUCUGCGUCUCGACCCAAACCCCAGAUUUCACUGCCAACCAGUGAGGAAAUCCCCGCCAAAACCACCAUCUCAUCUGGCAUGACGCCUAAUUUUCCACCAACCGUCCGUGACGCGGCGCAUGCUGAGAACUGGGGUUUCGAGGAAGAGCCAGUCUCUACCACAUCGCCGCUCGAUUCAUCCAUGAGCCUUCAGCGAGAAAGAGAAUAUUGGGAGCGAGAGCUUGACCUGAAGAUGGUGUUUCGCUACCUCAAAGACCGGUUUGCGACCAGGUCGUCUGCUCAGUCUCCUCAGGCCUCAAGACAACCGCUCGAAGACGCCGCUACGAGAACGGCCAUCAUACGCCAGCACCAUCCUCUGGUGGCGCGGGCUCAGCGGUCUCCUGCGCGCUUGCGACGUGAGUCCAGGGCAAGCAUCAGACGACCUGCAAGUAGCUGCGCGAGCGAGAGCGUUCGGAGCAGCAGGAAAGCGUCCCUGGCGAAAAGCGGCUCAAGUCGAAACUACUGGGACAUUGGAGGAAGCGUCGGCAGCGGGAGCAUUCUGGCAAGUGGUGGGGCCUGGGGUGAAGUGUAG